UAUCGGCGAGCUGCUGCAACGCGUCGAUGCCCAAGUACGCGGUCGAGCUUCAGUCCUGCUGAACGCAGUUUUUACGGAGCUGUAUGUGGAGGUGGGGUUCUCCGCACCCGCCUCCAAUCGAGGACGGGUUUCCGCCUUCAGCGCGCCGCAAGUAGGAUUGCCGGUUGGCAACGCGGUUUCGUCCAGGUUUGAGCGGUCCACCGCGUACUCGUACUACUCAGUACUGCAUCCCCGGGCACGUUUGCGCAUUUUUCCCUCACCGAAAAUGGACAAGGGGGGGCUCUCGAUCGUGAAUACGAUGCACAGCGAGGUAUCUUUUCUUGGCAGUGCGCUGCGGUGGGAACUAGACCCCAAGUGUUUGGUUCAG